UCUUUAAAUACCGGGAAACACUCCCACCGCCGCACCACUGCUGCGGAAAAGCUGCACCGAGGCACUCCAGCCACAUUCCACCUCUCUCGUACACCGCUUCGACUAAAACCUCAAGAUGUCCACCAAGGAGAAACUGAUCACCCAUGUGAUGAAGGAGGAGCCUGUUGGCUGCAGGAACAAGGUGACAGUGGUGGGCGUUGGUAUGGUGGGCAUGGCCUCUGCCAUCAGCGUCCUGCUCAAGGACCUGUGUGAUGAGCUGGCCCUGGUUGAUGUGAUGGAGGAGAAGCUGAAGGGUGAGGUCAUGGACCUGCAGCACGGGUCCCUCUUCCUCAAGACACACAAGAUUGUGGCCGACAAAGACUACAGUGUGACAGCCAACUCCAAGGUGGUGGUGGUUACUGCUGGAGCCCGCCAGCAGGAGGGCGAGAGCCGCCUGAACCUGGUGCAGCGCAACGUCAACAUCUUCAAGUUCAUCAUCCCCAACAUCGUCAAGUACAGCCCCAACUGCAUCCUGCUGGUUGUCUCCAACCCAGUGGACAUCCUGACCUAUGUUGCCUGGAAGCUGAGCGGUUUCCCACGUCACCGUGUCAUUGGCUCCGGCACCAACCUGGACUCUGCCCGUUUCCGCCACCUGAUGGGAGAGAAGCUCCACCUCCACCCAUCCAGCUGCCACGGCUGGAUCGUUGGAGAGCACGGCGACUCCAGUGUGCCCGUGUGGAGUGGUGUGAACGUUGCUGGCGUUUCCCUCCAGGCCCUCAACCCAAAGAUGGGUGUUGAUGGUGACAGUGAGAACUGGAAGGAGGUCCAUAAGAAGGUGGUUGAUGGUGCCUAUGAGGUGAUCAAGCUGAAGGGCUACACUUCCUGGGCCAUCGGUAUGUCUGUGGCUGAUCUGGUGGAAAGCAUCCUGAAGAACCUGCACAAGGUGCACCCUGUGUCCACCCUGGUCCAGGGCAUGCACGGCGUGAAGGAUGAGGUGUUCCUGAGCGUCCCUUGUGUCCUGGGCAACAGCGGCCUGACAGACGUCAUCCACAUGACACUGAAGCCAGAUGAGGAGAAGCAGCUGGUGAAGAGCGCUGAGACCCUGUGGGGUGUACAGAAGGAGCUCACCCUCUGAAGAGCCUGCCUCUGACUUCCCCAGUCCACCCUGAGUCCAUACAUUAACAGUGUGUGGCUCAAUCCCUCCUAAUGUACCUUGUGUGUUCCCGUAAGCGUUGUGUGAAUGAGACCUCUGAAUAUCCAAAAGGCAUUUGGAGAUAAACCAGUGGAAGCUGAGCAUUAGCCUCACAUGGUCAGUCGAUAUUCACACACAGGUGUCAUUUGCCUUCACUACCUCCCACCUCCCCACCCUUCUCCCUACAUUACUGAAUUCUCUGAAGCAGACCUCAAACCUAAAGCCUUACAGCUCAGUCUGUUUUCUGUAGAAGAGAGGCAGUGUUACCGUUGUCCAGUCUAUAUAGAUUGUAAGGCCUUUGCAGUAUGGAGUAAAUUGUGCGUAUAUGUGUCAGUAUGUAUUAUUAUGUAAUGCUGUCUUCCAUACACUCCUUAUGUGUAGUUUAUAUUUAUCAAGUACUCACUGUUUGUUGCCAGUUGGGUUUUUCCCACUUGGGAUCUCUGUUGGUGUUUUGUUUGGAGUAAUGGAGUCAUUCCCUUCUCUAUGUAGAGGGCUUCCUUUUCACUCCAAGCCGUAACAACACUGUCGGAUAUAACUGGACCUGUGACACCAAAGUGUCUUACUACCUGUUCUGAGAAACACAACCCUGGUUAGCACUGAAACAUUUUGUAUACAGAAUAAACCACAAGUGCACUGACAAAAAAGAAACUCCAUGAAAGGCAAGUUCCAUAGAGUUGGCAUAGAGCAGCAAAGGUCAAUUCUUAAGGAUUUAAAAGGGUUGAACCAGCAGAUUUGGUAGAACCCUGCUGUUACAAAUUCUGGUGAGGUGCCACCAUCUGUGUCAACAAAUGGACAACAGAGAGCCAAUGGGAAAAAGGCAAUGGGUCAAUGAGAAUCAAAACUGUAGGCAACAAUACCACCGAUGGUGUUGUUUGUCUAUGCACCUUAAAUACUGUAUCAUAAAGGGUUUUUUAUUUAAUCUUUGCCCUCUGGCUUUGAAGGACAUCAAGCUUUGAGAAGCAUGGUUGUACUAUUUAUUAUACAAAUGCUCUAUUUAACCAGAAAAGUGAAACCAUUAGACAUGACUGAUCAAUCACUUGACUAUCUGUACUUGCCAUGGCAGCUGGAUAUUGGUUCCAUUUUGCUCUAACACCAAAUAAAUCUAAUGGGAUGAUGAUACAACUCA